UCGUACUUACGUAUGGAUAAUAUGGUUUUACUUUAACCUAUUCAAUAAAUUUAAUAUUCUCAUUAGUCAUUUUUCGUUCUCACAUCUUUUCGUUCCAGUUUUUCCUCGAUCGUAAUUUUAUAUUACAUUUCACUGUUUGAACUACCAGAAGCUUUACCUCAUCGAAAUGGCAUCAAUCGCAACCAAAUUCCGCCCACUUUUUGAUCGAGUUUUGGUCAAACGUUUGGACGCUGUUAAACAAAGUAAAGGAGGUAUAAUGUUGCCAGAGAGUGCUUCGAAAAAAAUUCUUGAGGCAACUGUUGUAGCUGUAGGACCUGGUGCAAGAAAUCAGGAUGGAAAACCAAUACCAAUUGAUGUUAAAGUCGGCGAUCGAGUGUUGUUACCUGAAUAUGGUGGUACUAAAAUUCAAUUGGACGAUGAUGAUUCAUACACAAUUUUCAAAGAAUCAGAAUUAUUAGCAAAAGUAGAGUAAUUAUAAAUAAAUUAUGUGUUACACAAUUAUAAUGCGACUGAUUAAUUUAGUGGGAAAUAGUUACGUUCAAAUUUGUUUAAAAUUUAAAAAAAUUCCACCAUUUAACUUCUGAUUAUGCUUUAAAUAGCUCUAUAUUCAUUUUAAAUAUAAUUUAUGUCUAAUGUUUUUUAUUAUUUAUAUUUAAAAUAAACUAGUUUUGAAAAUUGAA